UUUGGCGUUUGAUUGAUGUGAUGACUUUAUUAUUCUAUCUUUGUUGAUUGAUUUUUGAAUCUUCUGCAAAAGAAAAAAUGGCCAAAAAGAUGAAUCCAUUCGACGAUGAUGAAAUCCAUGAAUUUGAUCAACAACAACAACCAACAACAUCGACAACAUUAUCAUCAAGACAACGUUCACGAUCAUCACCAAUACGAAAACGUGUUCGUAUUGAUGAUGGAUUGGAAAAUUCAUUAGUGAUCAAUGUAGAACGACCAGAACCAGAGCAAUUAGCCGAACAACAACAACAACAAUCAACAUCCCGAGCAAACAUUGAAAAAAAUUCAAAAAAUAAAAUAAUCGAUCAUCUUUUGACUGUUGAAGAAGUAAUGGAAAAAUAUCAAACAUCAUCGGUAAAUGGUUUAGAUGAACGUGAAGUAAUUCAACGUUUAGAAAGAGAUGGUCUGAAUACAUUUACACCACCAAAAUCCAAACCAUGGUAUCUUUUGUUUUUGAAAGAAAUGACCAGUGGUUUUGCAUUGUUACUUUGGUUUGCCGGUUUGGCUAGUUUUGUUUCAUUUUUUAUUGAACAUAAAAAAGAAGAUGCAUAUUUAGGUGGUGCAUUAAUAUUUACCGUAGUUAUGACCGGUUUAUUUUCCUAUUAUCAACAAAUGUCCAGUUCAAAAGUGUUUAAAUCAUUUAAACAAAUGACACCACAGAAUGCAUUCGUAUUACGUAAUGGUAGAAAACAAGAAAUACUUGCUGAACAAUUAGUUAUUGGUGAUAUUGUUUAUUGUAAUGCAGGUGAUCGUAUACCAGCUGAUAUACGUAUAAUACAUUCAGAUAGUAUGAAAAUUGAUAAUUCAUCAAUAACAGGUGAAUCAAAACCAUUACUACGUACAAUUGAACGAUCCGAUAAUGAAAAUCAAUCAUAUUUGGAAGCAACAAAUUUAGCAUUUUUUUCAACAAAUUGUACUGAUGGUAGUGGUAUUGGUAUUAUAAUUGCAACCGGUGAUAAUACAGUUAUUGGUGACCUGGCAUCAAUUGUAUCGAAUAUUGGUGAACAAACAACACCAAUCGCACGGGAAAUAUCAUUUUUUGUUAAUAUUAUAACAAUAAUAUCAUUAUUAAGUGGUGGUUUAUUUUUCGGCCUAACUAUUUAUUUUGGUCAAACAUUAUUUGCUGCAUUCAUAUUAAUGAUUGGUAUUACUGUUGGUAAUGUACCUGAAGGAUUGUUACCUGCAUUAACUGUUGUAUUAACAGUUGCUGCAAAACGUAUGGCAGCAAAAAAUUGUAUGGUAAAACAUUUAGAAGCAGUUGAAACAUUAGGUUCAACAUCAGUUAUAUGUACUGAUAAAACUGGUACAUUAACACAAAAUCGUAUGACAGUUGAACAUCUUUGGUUCGGUACAGAUAGUUAUGCUAAUCGUAAUGGAAUGCUAUGUUUGGAUGAAGAAGAAAAUGAACAAAUCAAACAACGAUUGGAUUGGUUGGCAUUAAAACGUUGUUCAAUGCUUUGUUCAAGAGCUGAAUUUCUUGAUGAUAAUCCUAUUAUAAAAAAUCGUAAAACAUUAGGUGAUGCAUCUGAAACAGCUAUUAUGAAAUUUUUAGAAGAAUCUAUUGGUUCAGUUGAACAAUAUCGACAAUUAUAUCCAAAAUUAGCUGAAAAACCAUUUAGUUCAUUGACAAAAUAUCAAUAUUCAAUACAUCGACGAAAUAAUCCAAAUACAGGAUUAUUUUCAAAUAAUUUUCUUGUUAUGAAAGGUGCACCAGAAAGAAUCCUGGAACAUUGUAAAUGGCGUGUAAAUGAUGAAGGUAAAACCGUACCAAUUGAUAAUAGUUUUAUAAUGAUGUUUGAAGAUGUAUAUCGUGAAUAUGGUACAAAUGGUGAACGUGUAUUAGCUUUUUGUGAUCGUGAAUAUACCCGAGAAGAAUUUGAUGAACAAUAUCAAUUUGAUGGAAAAAAUUUAGAUGAAAUUAUUGAAUUAGAAAAUUUACGAUUUCUUGGCCUUGUUUCAAUGAUUGAUCCACCAAGGCCAGAUGUUCGGAAUGCAGUUGAACUUUGUCGACAAGCCGGUAUACGUGUUGUAAUGAUAACAGGUGAUCAUCCAAUUACAGCACAAGCAAUUGCAAAAAUGUGUGGAAUAAUUUCGGCUGUACAUCGUGGUACAUCAAUUGCAUCAUUACGUAGUACAACAUCAAUGAUUAAUAAUCAAAGAUCAAUUGUUAUACCUGGUAAUGAAUUAGAAGAAAUGUCGGAUGAAGAUUUACGUUCAGUUCUGGAUUAUGGUGAAAUUGUUUUCGCCCGAACAUCACCAAAACAAAAAUUACGUGUUGUUGAACAAUUUCAAACUAUUGGUGAAAUUGUAGCCGUUACAGGUGAUGGUGUUAAUGAUUCAUUAGCAUUAAAAAAAGCUGAUAUUGGUAUUGCAAUGGGUAUCACUGGGUCGGAAGUAUCCAAACAAGCUGCUGAUAUGAUAUUAUUGGAUGAUAAUUUUGCAACAAUUGUUACCGGUAUUGAAGAAGGUAGACGUAUAUUUGAUAAUCUUAAAAAAACAAUAUCAUAUAUUUUAGCCGGUAAUGUAACAACAAUUUAUCCAUUCAUUUUAUAUGCUAUUAUUGGUAUACCAUUAGCUAUUUCAACACCAACAGCAUUAUUAAUUGCAUUAGGUACUGAUAUGGUACCUGCAAUAUCAUUAGCAUAUGAAAAAUGUGAAAAUGAUAUUAUGAAUAUUGGACCAAGAAAUUCAAAAAAAGAUCGUAUGGUUGAUAGUAAAUUAUUACAACGUGCAUAUUUAACAAUUGGUAUUAUGAUUAGUUCGGCUGCAUUUUUUUCCUAUUUUAUUUCAAUGUUUUUUAAUGGUUAUUCACCAUUAAUGUUAAUUGGUACACAACAUCGUUGGAAUAAUCAUAAUGAUACAUUACCACGUAUUGAUUUUCAUACUUCUUCCAGAUAUCAUUGGAAUUACAUUCAAACGACAUUCGAAGAACGAAAAUCAAUACAAAUCGAAGCUCAAAGUGCUUAUUUUGCCGGAAUAAUUGUUAUGCAAUGGAUGGAUGUUAUUGUUUGUAAAACAAGACGUGUAUCAAUUUUUCGACAUGGAAUGAGUAAUUGGGUACUUAAUUUUAGCAUCAUAUUUGAAACUGGACUAGCAGCAACAUUCAUCUAUACUCCUGUAUUGAAUCAAGUGAUGCAAACAAAUCCAGUUAAUUGGCCAAGUAUUGUAUGGGCAUUACCAUUUAUGUUUUUAAUGUUUCUGUAUGAAGAAUUUCGUAAAUGGAUUAUUCGUCGUUAUUCAUCAUCAUUUUUUGGUAAAGAAUUAUUGGCUUAAAAAACAAAAACAGCCAAACAGCAGCAGCAGAAACUUGGAAUUCAUUCAUUCAUAAUCAGACUUGAGCUAAUCAAAA